AUGUACCAGCCCUACGCAGUCAACGAGGCGCCGCGGGAACGGCCAAAGAUUCUGUGCCUGCACGGGGGCGGCUCCUCGGCGGGCAUCUUCCAGAUGCAGCUCAUCCGGCUGUCGCGCGUGCUCGAGCCGCGCUUCGAGUUCGUCUUCCUCGACGGGCCGAUCGAGACGGAGGCCGGGCCGGGCGUGCUCCCCGUGUUCGAGGGAUGCGGGCCGUACCGGCGAUGGGUCAGCGACGAUCCCUCCCUGCCGGCGGAGGAGUUCCAACGGCAAAAGGACACGGCCAUGGCGAUGCUCAAGGUGUACGUCCAGCAGACGGGGCCGUACGUGGGCGUGCUGGGGUUCUCGCAGGGCGCCCGCGCGGCGUCGAGCCUGCUGCUGGAGCAGCAGCGGCAGCCGUUUGUGCCGUACCAACUUUUCGGCGUCUUCUUGUGCGGCACGUAUCCGCCCUUUGUGCCGGACGACGUGCUGAUUCGGUUGCCGACGGUGCAUGUCGUGGGGUUGUUUGACCCGUGGAAGCCGGCGAGCGAGAUGUUGAUUGAGCAGUGUUCGGAGCAGAGCACGCGCAAGGUUGUGAGGUAUCCGGGGGGCCAUCACCUGCCGAACGCGCCGGAAGCUAUUCAGAACAUUGCGAACAUGGUGAUUGAUUUAUGGAAGGAGACGACGGGCGCAACGGCUUGA